UCGGCGCUCAUCGCCAUGGCCAUUCAGAGCGCGCCCGAGCGCAAGCUCACGCUCAGCCACAUCUACCAGUACGUGGCCGACAGCUUCCCCUUCUACCAGCGCAGCAAGGCGGGCUGGCAGAACUCCAUUCGCCACAACCUGUCGCUCAACGACUGCUUCAAGAAGGUGCCUCGCGACGAGGAUGACCCAGGGAAAGGUAAUUACUGGACCCUGGAUCCAAACUGUGAGAAAAUGUUUGAUAACGGGAACUUCCGCCGGAAGCGAAAGCGCCGCUCUGAGGCCAGCAGCAGCUCUGCAGUGGCUGCAGGGACGUAAAAAGAGGGUCUGUCCUCAGGAUUAGGGGCUGGAGCGGGUGGGAAGCCGGAAGGAGACAGCCCCUCUGCUCUGCUGAGGCCUUCCCAGUCUCCCGAGCCUCCUGAGGGCUCCAAGAGUGUCUCCUCCCCUGGAGGGCCCGUGCUCACCUCCACCCCUUGCCUCAACACCUUCUUCAGCAGCCUCAGCACCUUGAGUGUCAGCAGCAGUGGGAGCACCCAGCGAGCUGUCGCUGGUGGCCACCCCCUAGGGAUCCAGGGGACCCACCUGCCCUCCAGCAGCACGUUUCCCACCAGCUCCGUCUCGGAAGCCUCAGACAACUUGCAGCUGAGCACCAGCACCAGCAACGGCAGCAGCCAGAGAUCUUCCUAUUAUAGCCCUUUCCCUGCCAGCACUGGUGCAGGGCAGAGCAGUCCCUUCAGCCCGCCUUUCUACAACUUCAGCAUGGUCAACAGCAUCAUCUACCCGCGGGAGGGCUCUGAGGUAUAG